UCCUCAUUGAGCAGGUUGAGACCCACGUGCCGGGUGAUUUACAACACCGGAAUUUGGUUUCUUCGUAGUCUUUUAAAUUCAUUUUUUUAACGUAUCUUUCGACUGAUACUUACUUUCAUACAUAGAUUCGAUUGAUACAAAGUUCAUUUAAGAGUAUUGGAGGGAAAACUAGAAGCAUCCAUAGACGUUCAUAGCAUCGCCCAGACUAGUGCAAAACUACUUGGUGAACGACAUCAACAAACCCGAAGCCACCGCGCAUAGCCACAACUUCGUGUCGACGGCAGUUUCCCCUGUGAAGUCAUAAAUCCCAGAAAAUGGCGAAGAACGUCCGAGUGAAGCAAACCAGAAAUCGGAAGGCUGAAGGAGCAGCCGCGUCGCGAAAGAAGACAACUGUUACAAAAAACAACAACCCGCUUGCAAAUCAAAAAGUCGCUAAGACGGCAAGAGGAAGACGCGAGCUGCGAAAACGGGAAACGAAAAUAGUAGAAAACCCCAAAACAGCCCUCUUAAUUCGAGGACAAAGAACCAGGGAGGAGGUACAACUUCAAUCACAAUGGAAUUUGAAUUUUGGUAUAUUAGUUCUAGUCAACUACAUCUCUAUCUUUAUUUCAUUUAGCAUGAUGAUAAAUCGUUCUCUUUGUGACUCCGACAAAUCAGAAGUUGUAAAUGCAAUGUCGUGAAGCAGUAUCUCAUUAUUCUCAACCCCCUUGACAGUUGCAUCAAGUGCUGAAGGAUAUGCAUGAUCUGAAGAAGCCGCUGUCGCAAGCAUACCUGCGUAAGCAUGAGGAUCUGAAUCCCUUCGAAGAUAGCUCAAGAAUCGUGGACAUGUGUAAUAAGCAGGAUGCGGGUCUCUUCGCCUUCGCUUCCAGCAACAAAAAAAGGCCAAGUCGAUUGGUACCUAAAUUGAUUUCAUAGGUUAAAAAGGUCAGUUCGUUGUAUUUAGGUCUUUGUCUCGACGAUGGAAUGCUUAUUUGCUUUAUUAGAACUUGUUCUUACCAUCAUGUGAGUGGGCUCGUGUUGUAGUUUUCAACAAAAUGAUCAUGGUUGUCUUCUUCUAUCCAAUAUCUCCGCUCGCAAUCCUUGUAAUUCCGCUCCUUUUUACCAUAUCAAGCUCAACUUUCCUCCAUCAGGUGCUUGGUCGGCUUUUCAAUAGCGAUUUGUUAGACAUGGUUGAGUUCGAUUUGAGUGAUAUGUGCAGUUUUUUGCCCAAAGCCCGUUUGCCCACACUCGGCGCGAAGCCGCUUCUGCUGUUUCAAGGAAGCGGGUGGGAGCUGGAGCCCGAUCUGCAGCACGCAAAGUCUGUCCUAAUGGAUUUUUUCAGAGGCGCAAAUCCAGAGAAAGUCACGCUUGCGGGUCUUGAAUUCGUAAUGUCUUUCACCUGCGUUUCAUCCACCAACAGUGGUGCUGCAACGUCAUCCGGAGGUGCAGCAGCAUCGACGAGUAGUACUCCUAACGACAAAACAGCAAAUGCAAAGCGUGCUACUGGUUCUCGCAUUCUUUUCCGUGCAUACCAUGUGCAGACGAAAAAGUCGACCACCGCAAAUUUACCAAGAGUUGAACUCCAGGAGACGGGACCAAGAAUGACAAUGACAGUGGACCGAGUCAAGGAAGCCGACCCAGCGAUCAUGAAGCUCGCAAUGAGGGUACACAUCAACAUCCUCGUUAAUGCUUGCAUGGUAACUCUGAAUCUGAUCUUUUGCUUUCUGUUUCUAAUGACUGACACAUUUGAAAGAAAGUACUCAAUUUUGAUGCUGUUAACACAAUACUUAUUUGCGUCUACAGGUGCCAGCUGGUGCAGAGAAACGGAGGGUAAAGAACGAGGAAAGCACAGCGACAGGUAAGAAGCUUGGUAGAUUGCACUUGGGACGCCAGGAAUUCGGAAAAAUCAACACUCAUACUAGUGGUCUGAGCAAGAAAGUGAAGAAGGCGGAAGCGUCCAGCAAAAAAGCAGCGAAAUCGGCCGAAACGACUGCCGCCGCUCCCGCGGGUGGAGCAUGAGAACAAGGGACAGCGCAACUAACUGAUGGUCCCCUGUUUUACUUGUGGUCACCGAAGACGAGGAUGAUCCAUGUGUGGUUCUUGAAUAAAGAGUCAUCCGCUGCUUCACACAGGUAUGCUACAACGAGGUUUUUAAUGACGCGUACCGGACGAGGCAAUAAAUGAGAUUCACGCUGAAACAAAGCUUGAAGAAGAAUCUAAUGAAUAAGGUAGACGUCUGAUCUACUGGUGCACAAAAUGAAAAUUAAUUUUCGAAGUCUCUUACGCGGAGCUACAAAAUGCGUCUUUUUCGG